AUCUCCUGCAGCUCCUUCAUCAGGUGGACCUCUUCGACCUUCGACAGCGAGAUGAUCUUCAAAGGAACCGGAGCUCUGAUCUUCAUCAUCGAUGCUCAGGUAGAAGAACCCAGCAGCUGGUCUGUUCUGGACCUGACGUGUUCGUAGAAGAUGUUCCUUCCUGUGAUCAGAGCUCCUCUCUGGUUCUGGUUCUGGUUCUGGUCUGCGUCCUCAGAGAGGAGAACCUCCAGAGGAAAGGUGGACCUUCUUCUGAUUUGUUUGUUUUGACGUCACAGUGUUCAGAAGUGAACGGUUCUGGUUCUGGUCUGAUCGAUUAGAACCUCCACUGUUUACAGAAAGCAUCCAUGAGGUCUUUGAAGUGGGCGGGUCUUUGAAGUGGGCGGGUCUUUGAAGUGGGCGGGUCUUCAGACGGCGCCUCCUGGACCCUGGCUAGUUCCUCCAGCAGCCAGCUGACAGGUCUGAAGAGCGUCGCCCUCAGCGGGAGCCUCGYGUAAAACUCCCAUCAUGCAUCACUGUCCCCGUCUGCUCUGAUUGGUCAGCUGAAGCUCCGCCCACCUUCUGCAUCUGCUCUGGGUUUAUAUGUGGACCUGGUUCUGAUUGGCUGCAGGUUAGGUGUCAGAUGUCAGAUGCAGACUGAGGCUUUUAUUGUGAAGGAGCCUUACCUGGAACAGCUUCAUCAUCAUCAUCAUCAUCAUCACUCUGGAUCAGAUCAGUUUCACCAAACGAACCUCGUGUCGUGUUAACGAUAAUUAAAGUUUUAAUUAAAAGGAGAGUUCUUACUGAUUGAAGUGUGGUUUAAUAGUAAGGUCAGUAAAUAUCUUACCUGCUACAGGUAGCUCUUCAAACAACUUUAGUUUUAUUCUGACAGGGCUGAUGAGCUAAAGGCUAGUCUGAACCGACCCGUGAAGAUGAGUCCAAACUGAGUGAAGUCUGGUCUCAGGUUCUGGUUCUGGUUCUGGUUCUGGUUCUGGUUCUGAUGGACCUUUCAGAUUUAUCAUGAUGCGGUUUUUGAAUAAAAAAGGUUUUAUAAUUUGCUGAGUCAUGUUCUGUGUGAUCUGCUGAGUCACCAGCAGAGGGCAGAACAUCCACAGGUUCAUCCUUCCUCCUCUGAUGAAGACGAGCAGAUCAGAACCUGGACCUGAUCCGGUUUCUCCUGCAUCAGAACCUAACUGGACUGAAACCUUUGACCUCGUGUUGAAGUCAGCAGAACCAUGGUCCUGUUCUGGUUCUACAGUCUGCUGCAGCUCCGGUCUGGCCUCAGGGAGGAUCCUCUGGAGUCCAGACUCUGGAGGAGGUCCUGGAGGAGGAGCACAGAGACCAGGAGGUGUUCCGGGCUCUGGGUCCGGCCCCUCAGACUCAGACUUCAUUCUGAACCCGGAGCUUCACCGAGGAUCUGGUUCUGCUCAGGUUCUGGAGGAGCUGUCCUACGAGGACAGGUUCUACCACGAGCUGUGCUUCAGGUGUGUCAGGUGUGAGCGCUCUCUGGCAGGUGAAGCCUUCACCUGUCAGGACCAGGCUCUGCUCUGCAGCAGCUGCUUCUGCAGCAGCCAGGUGUGGUCCAGGUGUGCAGCGUGUGACGGAGCCAUGACCCCAGGCUCCAGGAUGUUGGAGUACGGCGGCGCCGCCUGGCACCAGACCUGCUUCCUGUGUCAUGGCUGCCAGAAACCCAUCGGGUCCGAGGGCUUCGUGCCYGACAGCAGCCGGUUUUACUGCGUGCCGUGCUACGAGAGGCAGGUGGCCCCGCGCUGCAGCCGCUGCAACAAGGCCCUGACUAAAGGCGGGGUCACCUACAGGGACCAGGUGUGGCACAAAGACUGCUUCCUGUGCAGCGGCUGCAGAGCUCCUCUGGCCAAUCAGCCGUUCACCUCUCAGGAGGAGAGUCCGUUCUGCAUCACCUGUUUCAGCAACCUGCACGCCAAGAAAUGUUCCGGAUGCCACGCCCCCAUCACAGGGUUCGGAGACGGGAAGUACGUGUCCUUCGAGGAGCGCCAGUGGCACCAGCCCUGCUUCAAGUGCUCCCGCUGCUCCGUGUCUCUGCUGGGUUCUGGGUUCUACCCCGACCGGGACCAGAUCCUSUGCAAAGACUGCAACACUGAGGAAGAGGAGGAGGAGGACUGAGGAAGGACAGGCUCACUGCUUCCAGGAUGUCCUCACAGAUAAAAAUCACUUCAAGAAAAAAUAAAAUAUAAUUUCUACACAAAGAAUAAACAUUUUAUUUUUCUUUAAUCUGACAGAAUAAUGUUUCUUCAUCAACGUUUAGGAUUAAAGAUUAUAAUCUGA